AUGCUCCGAGCAUUUGUUCAGCCCUCUAUACCUGCAUAUCAGCCGCUCUCCAGUCACCUGUCUGCCGAAACAGAGGUAAAGUUCAAGGGUACAUUGGUGCAUGAAGCUCAACUCAACUGUUUCUACAUCUCUCCUGGAGGUUCCAACUAUGGGAGCCCGCGCUCAGCCAACAUGAAUGCCAACGCAGCUGCGGGGCUUGCCCCUGAGCACAUCCCUACCCCAGGGGCAGCCCUGUCUUGGCAAGCAGCCAUUGAUGCAGCCCGGCAGGCCAAGCUGAUGGGCAGUGCUGGCAAUGCGACCAUCUCCACAGUCAGCUCCACGCAGCGGAAACGGCAGCAGUAUGGGAAACCCAAAAAACAGGGUGGCACAACUGCCACGCGGCCACCCCGUGCCCUGCUCUGUCUGACCCUGAAGAACCCCAUCCGGAGAGCAUGUAUAAGCAUCGUCGAAUGGAAAUAUCCUUUACCAUUUGAAAUAAUUAUUUUACUGACUAUUUUUGCCAAUUGUGUGGCCUUAGCAAUCUAUAUUCCCUUUCCAGAAGAUGAUUCCAAUGCCACCAAUUCCAACCUGGAACGAGUGGAAUAUCUCUUUCUCAUAAUUUUUACUGUGGAAGCAUUUUUAAAAGUAAUCGCCUAUGGUCUUCUCUUUCACCCCAACGCUUACCUCCGCAACGGUUGGAAUUUACUAGAUUUUAUAAUUGUGGUUGUAGGGCUUUUUAGUGCAAUUUUAGAACAAGCAACCAAAGCAGAUGGGGCCAAUGCUCUCGGAGGGAAAGGGGCUGGAUUUGACGUGAAGGCGCUGCGGGCUUUCCGUGUGCUGCGUCCCCUGAGGCUGGUGUCUGGAGUCCCAAGUCUGCAGGUGGUCCUGAACUCCAUCAUCAAGGCCAUGGUGCCCUUGCUGCACAUUGCCCUGCUCGUGCUGUUUGUCAUCAUCAUCUAUGCCAUCAUCGGCCUGGAGCUCUUCAUGGGGAAGAUGCAUAAGACGUGCUAUAACCAGGAGGGCAUAGCAGAUGUUCCAGCAGAAGAGGAUCCUUCCCCCUGUGCUUUGGAGACAGGCCAUGGGCGGCAGUGUCAGAAUGGCACUGUGUGCAAGCCCGGGUGGGAUGGUCCCAAGCAUGGCAUCACCAACUUCGACAAUUUCGCCUUCGCCAUGUUGACAGUGUUCCAGUGCAUCACCAUGGAGGGCUGGACAGACGUGCUGUAUUGGAUGCAGGACGCUAUGGGCUAUGAGUUACCCUGGGUGUAUUUUGUCAGUCUGGUCAUCUUUGGAUCCUUUUUCGUUCUAAAUCUGGUUCUCGGUGUGUUGAGCGGAGAGUUUUCCAAAGAGAGGGAGAAGGCCAAGGCUCGGGGAGACUUCCAGAAGCUAAGAGAGAAACAGCAGCUGGAAGAAGAUCUCAAAGGCUACCUGGACUGGAUCACUCAGGCAGAAGACAUCGACCCUGAGAACGAGGACGAAGGCAUGGAUGAGGAGAAGCCCCGAAACAGAGGCACUCCAGCGGGCUUGCUUGAUCAGAAGAAAGGGAAGUUUGCUUGGUUUAGUCACUCCACAGAAACCCAUGUGAGCAUGCCCACAAGUGAGACUGAGUCUGUCAACACCGAAAAUGUGGCUGGAGGUGACAUCGAAGGAGAAAACUGCGGGGCCAGGCUGGCCCACCGGAUCUCCAAAUCGAAGUUCAGCCGCUACUGGCGCAGAUGGAAUCGGUUCUGCAGAAGAAAGUGCCGUGCCGCAGUCAAGUCUAAUAUCUUCUAUUGGCUCGUGAUCUUCCUGGUGUUCCUCAACACGCUCACCAUCGCCUCGGAACAUUACAACCAGCCCCACUGGCUCACCGAAGUGCAAGACACAGCCAAUAAGGCCCUACUGGCCCUUUUCACCGCAGAGAUGCUCCUGAAGAUGUACAGCCUGGGCCUGCAGGCCUACUUCGUGUCCCUCUUCAAUCGCUUUGACUGCUUCAUCGUGUGUGGGGGCAUCCUGGAGACCAUCCUAGUGGAGACCAAGAUCAUGUCUCCCUUGGGCAUCUCUGUGCUGAGAUGCGUCCGGCUACUGAGGAUAUUUAAAAUCACAAGGUAUUGGAACUCCUUGAGCAACCUGGUGGCCUCCUUACUGAACUCUGUGCGGUCCAUCGCCUCCCUGCUUCUGCUUCUCUUCCUCUUUAUCAUCAUCUUCUCCCUCCUGGGGAUGCAGCUCUUUGGAGGAAAGUUCAACUUUGAUGAGAUGCAGACUCGGAGGAGCACAUUUGAUAACUUCCCCCAGUCCCUCCUCACUGUGUUUCAGAUCCUGACCGGGGAGGACUGGAAUUCGGUGAUGUAUGAUGGGAUCAUGGCUUAUGGCGGCCCCUCUUUUCCAGGGAUGUUAGUCUGUAUUUACUUCAUCAUCCUCUUCAUCUGUGGAAAUUAUAUCCUACUGAAUGUAUUCUUGGCCAUUGCUGUGGACAACCUGGCUGAUGCCGAGAGUCUCACCUCUGCCCAAAAGGAAGAGGAAGAAGAGAAAGAGAGAAAGAAGCUGGCCAGGACUGCCAGCCCAGAGAAGAAACAAGAGGUAGUGGAGAAGCCAGCAGUGGAGGAAACCAAGGAGGAGAAAAUUGAGCUGAAAUCCAUUACUGCUGAUGGAGAGUCUCCCCCCACCACCAAGAUAAACAUGGACGACCUCCAACCCAAUGAGAAUGAGGAUAAAAGUUCCUACCCAAACCCAGAGGCUGCAGGAGAAGAGGAUGAGGAGGAGCCCGAGAUGCCUGUUGGGCCCCGCCCACGACCACUGUCUGAGCUGCACCUUAAGGAAAAGGCAGUACCCAUGCCAGAAGCAAGUGCGUUUUUCAUCUUCAGCCCCAACAACAGGUUUCGCCUUCAGUGUCACCGCAUUGUCAAUGACACGAUCUUCACCAAUCUGAUCCUCUUCUUCAUUCUGCUCAGCAGCAUUUCCCUGGCUGCUGAGGACCCCGUCCAGCACACCUCCUUCAGGAACCAUAUUCUGUUUUAUUUUGAUAUUGUUUUUACUACCAUUUUCACCAUUGAAAUCGCUCUGAAGAUGACUGCUUACGGGGCUUUCCUACACAAGGGCUCUUUCUGCCGGAACUACUUCAACAUCUUAGACCUGCUGGUGGUCAGCGUGUCCCUCAUCUCCUUUGGCAUUCAGUCUAGUGCAAUCAAUGUUGUGAAGAUCUUGCGAGUCCUGCGAGUACUUAGGCCCCUGAGGGCCAUCAACAGGGCCAAGGGGCUAAAGCAUGUGGUCCAGUGUGUGUUUGUCGCCAUCCGGACCAUUGGGAACAUUGUCAUUGUCACCACACUGCUGCAGUUCAUGUUUGCCUGCAUCGGGGUCCAGCUCUUCAAGGGAAAGCUCUAUACCUGCUCAGAUAGUUCCAAACAGACUGAGGCAGAAUGCAAGGGUAACUAUAUCACAUACAAAGAUGGAGAGGUUGACCACCCCAUCAUCCAGCCCCGCAGCUGGGAGAACAGCAAGUUUGACUUCGACAAUGUUCUGGCAGCCAUGAUGGCUCUCUUCACUGUCUCAACCUUUGAGGGGUGGCCAGAGCUGCUGUACCGCUCCAUCGACUCCCACACGGAAGACAAGGGCCCCAUCUACAACUACCGCGUGGAGAUCUCCAUCUUUUUCAUCAUCUACAUCAUCAUCAUUGCCUUCUUCAUGAUGAACAUCUUCGUGGGUUUCGUCAUCGUCACCUUCCAGGAGCAGGGAGAGCAAGAGUACAAGAACUGUGAGCUGGACAAAAACCAGCGACAGUGUGUGGAAUACGCCCUCAAGGCCCGGCCCCUGCGGAGGUACAUCCCCAAGAACCAGCACCAAUACAAAGUGUGGUACGUGGUCAACUCCACCUACUUUGAGUACCUGAUGUUCGUCCUCAUCCUGCUCAACACCAUCUGCUUGGCCAUGCAGCACUAUGGCCAGAGCUGCCUGUUCAAAAUCGCCAUGAACAUCCUCAACAUGCUCUUCACUGGCCUCUUCACUGUGGAGAUGAUCCUGAAGCUCAUUGCCUUCAAACCCAAGGGUUACUUUAGUGAUCCCUGGAAUGUUUUUGACUUCCUCAUCGUGAUUGGGAGCAUAAUUGAUGUCAUUCUCAGUGAAACUAAUCCAGCUGAACAUACCCAAUGCUCUCCCUCUAUGAAUGCAGAGGAGAACUCCCGCAUCUCCAUCACCUUCUUCCGCCUCUUCCGGGUCAUGCGCUUGGUCAAGCUGCUGAGCCGUGGGGAGGGUAUUCGGACCCUGCUGUGGACCUUCAUCAAAUCCUUCCAGGCCCUGCCCUAUGUGGCCCUUCUGAUAGUGAUGCUGUUCUUCAUCUAUGCAGUCAUUGGGAUGCAGGUAUUUGGAAAAAUUGCCCUGAAUGACACCACAGAGAUCAACCGGAACAACAAUUUUCAGACCUUCCCCCAAGCUGUGCUGCUGCUCUUCAGGUGUGCCACGGGGGAGGCCUGGCAGGACAUCAUGCUGGCCUGCAUGCCAGGCAAGAAGUGUGCCCCAGAAUCCGAGCCCAGUAACAGCACAGAGGGAGAGACGCCCUGUGGCAGCAGCUUCGCCGUCUUCUACUUCAUCAGCUUCUACAUGCUCUGUGCCUUUCUGAUCAUCAACCUCUUUGUAGCUGUCAUCAUGGACAACUUUGACUACCUGACAAGGGACUGGUCAAUCCUUGGUCCCCACCACCUGGAUGAAUUUAAGAGGAUCUGGGCAGAGUAUGACCCUGAGGCCAAGGGUCGCAUCAAACACCUAGAUGUGGUGACCCUCCUCCGGCGUAUCCAGCCCCCCCUGGGGUUUGGGAAGCUGUGUCCUCAUCGUGUGGCCUGCAAACGUCUGGUCUCCAUGAACAUGCCUCUGAACAGCGAUGGGACAGUCAUGUUCAAUGCCACCCUGUUUGCCCUGGUCAGGACAGCCCUAAGGAUCAAAACAGAAGGGAACCUGGAGCAAGCCAAUGAGGAGCUGCGGGCCAUCAUCAAGAAGAUCUGGAAAAGGACCAGCAUGAAGCUACUGGACCAAGUGGUGCCUCCUGCAGGUGAUGAUGAGGUUACAGUUGGCAAAUUUUAUGCCACUUUCUUGAUCCAAGAAUACUUCCGGAAAUUCAAGAAGCGUAAAGAGCAAGGGCUUGUGGGAAAGCCCUCCCAGAGGAACGCCCUGUCACUGCAGGCUGGCUUGCGUACACUGCAUGACAUCGGGCCUGAGAUCCGAAGGGCCAUCUCUGGAGAUCUGACUGCCGAGGAAGAGCUGGACAAGGCCAUGAAGGAGGCUGUGUCUGCUGCCUCCGAAGAUGACAUCUUUAGGAGGGCCGGGGGCCUGCUUGUCAACCAUGUCAACUACUACCAAAGCGACAGCCGGGGCACCUUCCCACAGACCUUCACCACCCAGCGCCCGCUGCACAUCAACAAGGCGGGUAACAACCAAGGCGACACUGAAUCGCCCUCCCACGAGAAACUAGUGGACUCCACUUUCACCCCCAGCAGCUACUCAUCCACCGGCUCCAACGCCAACAUCAACAAUGCCAACAACACCGCCCUAGGCCGCUUCCCCCGCCCCAGCGGUUACCCCAGCACAGUCAGCACCGUGGAGGGCCAUGGGCCCCCCUUGUCUCCUGCCAUCCGGGUGCAGGAGACUGCCUGGAAGCUCAACUCUAGGAGGUGCUCCUCCCGGGAGAGCCAGAUAGCCAUGGUGUGUCAGGAGGACAUGUCUCGAGACGAGACCUACGACGUGAAGAUGAGUGAAGAGGCUGAGUACUGCAGCGAACCCAGCCUCCUCUCCACAGAGAUGCUCUCCUACCAGGAUGAUGAAAAUCGACAGUUGACGCCUCCAGAGGAAGACAAGAGGGACAUCCGGCAAUCUCCAAAGAGGGGUUUCCUCCGCUCUGCCUCACUAGGUCGAAGGGCCUCCUUCCACCUGGAGUGUCUGAAGCGACAGAAGAAUCAAGGGGGAGACAUCUCUCAGAAGACAGUCCUACCCUUGCAUCUGGUCCAUCAUCAGGCAUUGGCAGUGGCGGGCCUGAGCCCCCUCCUCCAGAGAAGCCAUUCCCCCACCAUGUUCCCCAGGCCAUGUGCCACACCCCCUGCCACACCUGGUACCCGAGCCUGGCCCCCACAGCCCAUCCCAACCCUAAGGCUGGAAGGAGCCGAGUCCAUCGAAAAACUCAACAGCAGCUUCCCGUCCAUCCACUGUAGUUCCUGGUCUGAGGAGACCACCUCCUGUGGUGGGGGCAGCAACACCAUCAGGAGAGCCCGGCCGGUCUCCCUCACGGUGCCCACUCAGGCUGCGGCCCCAGGGAGGCAGUUCCAUGGCAGCGCCAGCAGCCUGGUAGAAGCGGUCUUGAUUUCAGAAGGACUGGGGCAGUUUGCUCAAGAUCCCAAGUUCAUCGAGGUCACGACCCAGGAGCUGGCGGACGCCUGCGACAUGACAAUAGAGGAGAUGGAGAACGCGGCCGACAGCAUCCUCAGUGGGGGCGCCCAGCAGAGCCCCAAUGGCACCCUACUACCUUUUGUGAACUGCAGGGACCCGGGGCAGGACAGGGCGGGCGGCGAGGAGGACGGGAGCUGUGCGCGCGCCCUGGGGCGAGGCCGGAGCGAGGAGGAGCUCCAGGACAGCAGGGUCUACGUCAGCAGCCUGUAGUCGCAGGGCUGGGAGACGCCGGGUUUUUUAUUUGUUUCAAUGUUCCUAAUGGGUUCGUUUCAGAAGUG